GCAGAACAAUGGCAAUGUGGGAUAUGCAUUCAUCAACAUGAUCAAUCCUGGCUUGAUUAUACUAUUCUAUCAGGUGUUCAAUGGGAAGAAAUGGGAGAAAUUCAACAGUGAGAAAGUGGCAUCACUAGCAUAUGCUCGCAUACAAGGGAAAGCAGCUCUCAUUGCUCACUUCCAAAAUUCAAGCUUGAUGAAUGAGGAUAAGCACUGCAAGCCUAUCCUCUUCAACGCCGAUGGCCCUAAUGCCAGUGAUCAGGUUCCUUUCCCAGUUGGCAUUAACAUUCGCAACGAAGUUGGAAGAGUGAGAAACAAUACUCAGGAGGAUAACCUGCAAGGAAGUCUGCCAAAUUUUGCAAACUGUAAUAUUUCACAAACAAUUAUUUAUUUUUAAUAUAAUUUAUUUUUCUAAUA